AUGGGAUAUGCUGUAGCGGAAGCAGCAGCAGCAGCAGCGGGAGUUGCUGCUGCUGCUGCUGUGGGGGCGACGGGGCGGGGCGGGGUGCAGCAGCGGGGCAUGCGUGUGGCUGCUGCUGCUGCUGCUGCUGGAGCCUCCGAGCUGCAACAGUUGCAGCAGCAACAGCAGCAUUUGCUGCAGCUUCCCUUAUCCGGCGGGAAAUGUUUUAUGCCUCUCUUACCAAAGAGUGGGCCCCCUGCUACUGUCUCAUCUCCAGUCUUCCUGCAGCAGCAGCAGCAGCAGCAGCAACAGCCGCGUCUGUGGCGGCUGCUGAGUUUUGCUUGCUGCCCCGUUUCGGUUGUUGCGACUCUGGCCGCAGCAACAGCAGCAAUUUAA